AUGCAGAGGGUCCACACGAGUGCCAUGACUGGUGAGGGUUGGGUUCAGGAUCUAUUGGGAGGAAUGUGCAUUAGGAUGCUUAAUAACAUGCGCAUGAAUGUGCCCACAUUUAUUCAACUAUGCCGGAUAUUGGACACAGAGACUACUCAUCCUCGGAUUCGAAAUAAUAGACGAUUUUAUCAAUGGUUUAACGUACGUGGCCGCAUCUUAAAACUCGAUUGCAUUGGGACUAUUGAUGGAACACAUGUCUUGACAAGCGUGUCAAGAGGGGAACAAUAUGCCUUUCGUAACAGAAAAGGCACGCUUUCACAGAAUGUUUUAACUGCAUGUGACCACGAUAUGAGGUUCGUAUAUGUCAGAGCUGGCUGGGAAGGAAGUGCCCAUGAUAGUCGUGUCUUAAUGGAUGCUAUUUCCAAUCCGGAUGUAGCAUUUCCCGUACCACCGGUUGGAAAAUAUUACGUGAUUGAUGCAGCGUACAGACACAUGCCAGGAUUCAUGGCCCCUUCAAGAGUGGUCCAGGAGGGAAGAUCACAGACUGCCCACAAAGGUGAAUUUAAUCGCCGCCAUUCUUCGGCUCGAAAUAUAAUAGAGAGGACAUUUGGGGUAUGGAAAAUGAGAUUCAAAAUUUUGGAUGCUCCAAUGAAAAACUAUCCUAUUGAGGUACAGAGGAACAUUGUAGUGGCGUGUUGUGUACUGCACAAUUUCAUUAGGGAGAUACAGCCAUACGACGUCUACUUGGCGAAUGAAGCGAAUAUGGAUGACGCACAUACCGCAGGAGCUCAAAUACCUCAAUUGCACGUCACUCCAGAAGCACUCAAUGAUUGGAAGGAAUUACGAAAUGCAAUGGCUGAUCACAUGUACCUUCACCGAAAUGAAUAG